AUGCUCGCCUUUACUGACAUUCGCACAACUAACUUCUCAAGCAUACUAUUCCUCUCCCAGUCUUUUAGAAGCUUAGUCGAGAACAUGCCUACGGUCAACAUUCUUUUGGACGGGAUUGUCACGAACACACCCACGCCCACUCUCGCUCAGCCUACGACGAUUGCAUCAGGCGCACACUACUCGUCUCUUCCAGUCAAUGCUACGCGCCAGCCCCUACACUACGCGGGAGCGCUCUUCUUUGUCUUAGGCGUCUGCAUCAUCCUCAUCGCCGUCACGAUCUAUAGCUUUGUCAAGUGCUACGCACGCAUCAAGGAAGACGCCUUGAACGCUGCUUCACUACCGGAUAACGAUACUCUCAUGAUGCCUAUGGAGACUAUGCCGCAUAUGUCGAAGGUUCAACGCUCUUCGUCGACCGGUGCGUCGACUAUCGCGUCGGCGUACGCGACACUCCCCAAGAAAUCGAACUCUGUCGACUCUAUCAUAGUACUGGGUCGACCACAUCGCAGCGCAGCAUCCUCGGCUACUACUCUGGUUGACUCAGCUGGGCGAUCUCUGCCUUUGUAGGACGGCGCGGGCUUAUUGUCGAUGGGCGGUCUAAAGGGCUUCCUCACUCGCUGCCAUGUAGUCAUACGGGCCUCGUCU